AUGUCCUCAGGAACGGCCAGAGCCUCGUCUGGCCGCCCCAACGGCUUCGGCGAGGAGCGGGAGCGGGCACGCGUCGCUGGUGCGAGCGGCAGCGGAAGCGGCAGCUUCAGGAGCGAACCGCGCAGAAUGGGGGGCCCCGGCACGGCGCCGUCCCCCCAGCCAGAAGGGCCGUUUCCCGGCGUGGCGCAUAAGAGGACUGCGUCGGGGAACCCGCGCCCGGCGAGUAGGACGGCGGCGGAGAAUGAGCGGCGGUACGAGGAGCGGCGGGUCACGGAGAGGACGUACGAGGCGCGCAUCGAGCGCACGCGCACGACGAGCCCGGAGAAGCAGCAGCGGAGGACCGGGCCUGCCGAGAAGAGAAUGUCUGAUGCGCGUCGGCCCAAGUCGUCGUCGGAAGCGAGGUCUAGGGAGUCGGCCGCUGCCGAGGCGACGCCUCAAGCACCUUGGAACCCUGAAGUAACACUCCUCCCACACACAACGGCUCCCCUCGCCUCGCGGGUGUCGAUACCGCCCCUCGCCUCCACAGUGCCGCAAGCACCGCAACCAAAGCCCUUAGCCGAGCUAUCACUAGAGGUCCAAGAGGCAGUAAUCGUGGAGGACCUGCUCUUCGUCUUCAUGGGCUUCGAGGGCCAGUACGUCCGAUUCGCAAAGGGGUAUAACCCGCACGAGGAGCGCGAUCGCCUCUCUGGCCCUCCGUUCCGCAUCAUGCCGGGGCUCGACCCGAGCCUGCACGACCUGACCAAGUCGAUGCUCAAGAUGGCGACGUACUACUCAGCCCUGGAGGCAUUUGUUGACGUCCUGAGCAGAAGAGAGUUUGGAGCCGUCAAUCAUGCCCUGUGCGCUUCGGUUCGCAAAUUCCUGCACGACUAUCUCAUCAUGAUUGCGCAGCUCGAGACGCAGUUCCUGACCAGUGACACCUUCACGGUCCACAUACUCAACAUCCACACCAUAUCUACAAGCCACUUGAUGCUGCAGCUAUACUCCCUGGCGCAGGAGCUUUUGAAGAAAAACGCACUGCUGGACGACGAAAGCGAAGAGGACGAGGACAGCGAAGAUGACUAUGACAAGGUGCUUGAGAAGCUAAAUGACAACAAAGACCUGAUCCCCGGGAACAUGAGUACUGAAAAGAUUUGCAAGGGCGGCGUGGUUCUAGGGAUUGUGACCAAGAGACUCGAGACCAUGUCUGGAGAUCCUGCAGCAAGGGCCCUGCUCACGUCGUUAUUGCGCGACGCGAGCCGGCCGUACAUGAAGAUGCUGAAUGAGUGGUUGCAUCAAGGGAGCAUCAACGACCCGCACUCCGAGUUUCUGAUCAAAGAGCAGAAGAGCAUCCGGCGCGAGAGGCUGGAGCAAGACUACACCGACGAGUACUGGGAGAGGCGCUACACCAUCCGCGACCGCGACGUCCCGCCGCAACUCGAGGCCGUCAAGGACAAGGUCCUGCUGGCAGGCAAGUACCUCAACGUGGUCCGCGAGUGCGGCGGCGUGGACGUGAGCAAGGUCGUGACCGACGUCCCGACCUCGUUUGACGACAGCAGGUUCCUGGAGAACGUCAACGACGCGUACGCGCAUGCCAACGAGUCGCUGAUGCAGCUGCUCCUGACGACGCACGCCCUGCCAGCGCGCCUGCGGUCCAUGAAGCAUUACUUCUUCCUCGACCCGUCCGACUACUUUUCUUACUUUCUCGAGCUGGGUGCCUCGGAGCUGCGGAAGCCGGUCAAGACUGUCAACACGGGCAAGCUGCAGUCUUUGUUGGAUCUCGUCCUGCGUCAACCCGGCAGCAUUGUGUCGCUGGACCCGUUCAAGGAGGACGUCAAGGUGACGAUGAACGAAAUCACCCUGACCAAGGCCCUGCAGCGGGUGGUCAACAUCACCGGCAUCGAACAGGGCGAGGUGCCGCAGGCUCCCGCAAGCCAGCCCGUGGAGGGCGACAAGAACGCCACGGGCUUCACCUCGCUCGAGCUCGACUACUUGGUCCCCUUUCCCGUCUCGCUCGUCAUCAGCCGCAAGACGGUCUGGCGGUACAAGGCCCUCUUCCGAUACCUGCUCUCGCUGCGGCACCUCGAGUCCCAGCUCUCCGCCACCUGGCAGACGCAGACGAGGAGCGUCAGCUGGGCGCACAAGGGGUCCAACCCCGCGCUGGAGAUUUGGAAGCGCAGGGCCUGGACGCUCCGGGCAAGGAUGCUCGUCUUUGUCCAGCAGCUUCUCUACUUUUGCACCGCCGAGGUCAUCGAGCCCAACUGGACCAAGUUCAUGGCCCGUCUGGACGCCAAGGACGGCGACGCGGACAACAACAAGAAGCCCGUGUCGAGGACCGUCGACGAGCUGAUGCAGGAUCACGUCGGCUUUCUGGACACCUGUCUCAAGGAGUGCAUGCUCACCAACAGCAAGCUCCUCAGGAUCCACUCCAAGCUCAUGCAGACAUGCACCGUCUUCGCCGCCUACACCAACUGGCUCACGCGCGAGCUCGAGAAAUCCGACCCGGACCUCUCGGGCGCCGUCAAGCCCAGCACCAUGACGGCCGACCAGUGGAAGCUCUUCCAGGCCACCAAGGCCGCCCAGCGCGGCGGCUCCUCCUCCGCGGCGCAGAACCGCGACCACCAGCAACAACAGAACCACGAGGCCUCCUUUGCAGCCGACGACGCAGAGGCCCGCGUCAAUAACCUCUCGGAGAUUAUCCGCAAGUGGGAGGGCAACUUUAGCAGGCAUUUGCAGAUCCUGCUCGAUGCGCUGAACCACUAUGCCGCUACGGAGACGGUCGUCCUGUUGAGUCUGUGUGCGCGCCUGAGUACCGCCAACCAGGGGACUGAGUAUGCGGGGCUCAAGGCCGACGAUGACGCGUGA